AGUCGAGCGCCGAGUCGAAGAGCCUGCACGUACAUUGUGAUAUCUGGGAUUGCACACAUUAGCAGGUUAAAUGUAACUGGGACAAAGGUUACCUUUGAAAGAGACGCAUCUGUUUUAAACCCCAGGUUCGCGGUUGGGGGUGAAGGAGAUGUUGACAUCCACGUGGAAUUUCUUGAAGAGGCACAAAAGGAAGUUUCUUUUUGCCGGAGCUGUUGUGGGAGGUGUUUAUAUAUUAGGAAAAUAUGCACAACGUAAAAUCGGAGAGCUACAGGAGCGAGAAGCAGCAGAGUACAUUGCACAAGCCCGUCGUCAGUUUCAUUUUGAGAGCAAUCAGCGCACCUGCAACAUGACAGUAUUAUCAAUGCUGCCAACUUUACGAGACACCAUAAUGCAUCUUUUAAAUUCUGAAAGUCUUACAGCUUUACUAAAGAACAAGCCUCCAAAUAAAUUAGAGAUUUGGGAAGAUCUAAAGAUAAUUAGUUUCACAAGAAGCAUUGUGGCCGUGUACAGCACUUGUAUGCUUGUUGUCUUAUUACGGGUUCAGUUAAACAUCAUUGGCGGAUACAUCUAUCUGGAUAACUCCUCCGUCAGCAAGAAUGGGAUGGUACCUUUCGCACCCCCAGAGGUCCAGCAGCAAUAUCUAUCAAGUAUUCAGCAUCUUUUAGGAGAUGGUUUGAUUGCGCUAAUAACUGUGGUGAAACAGAGCGUACAGAAGGUUUUAGGAGACAUUUCUCUCAAACAGCGCAUAUCACUGCCAGAACUGGAACAACAUAUAUCAAAUAUCAGAGAGUACGUGGAACACAGAGUACAAAAAGACCAAGAUGAGGACAGCGUAUACAAGUCUCCUCUUUCUUGUUACAUGAUGCCAGAUGAGGAGAAUACUUUAGCUGAACAGGCAUGUGGAUUGACUGAGCAAGAUGCUGUGACAAUAAAAUUGCUAAAUGAAACAAGGGAUAUGUUAGAAAGCCCAGACUUCAACAUGGUUUUGAAUACCUGCUUGCAACGAGGCUUUAGUCGAUUAUUGGACAACAUGGCCGAAUUCUUCAGACCUACUGAUCAAGAUUCAGGGCAGGGAUCUCCUGUUGACUGUCUAUCCAAUGUCAGUCUUCCACUUGCCAAAGUCAUUCCCAUAGCCAAUGGACAGAUUCAUUCAAUUUGCAGCGAGACUCCUAGUCAUUUUGUACAGGAUCUACUGAUGAUCGAGCAAGUGAAAGAAUUUGCAGCUAAUGUUUACGAAGCUUUCAGCACAUCUCAGCAACUGCAAAAAUGAAACCACGAGACAAGCAAAAGUAUUUACUUUGCAUCGUAUAUGCACACUGGGAUUGUCCACAGCAGGGCAGUGGCAUCAGGUCUCCUAGCUUGACCUUUCUAUGUUUAUAAACCUCUAAAAUACUACUGGCUAAGUAACUCAAUGAACUUCUUGAUCCUCGUGUGCAUGCCAGAUGUGCCGGAGGUACCCCAAGCUCCCUCUCCCUGCGCCAUGUCAGUGUAUUUGUUUUCUAUAAUGGGGCUUGAGAGCCAAAUGGUUAUUUGGUAAGUGGAUAUUUUCAGGUUCCCUCUCUAAAUUUUAAACUAAUGUUUAAUAAAUACAUAAGUAUACCAGUACUGGAAAAGCGUUAAGAAAAAUCUCAGAUCAGAAUGAAAUUUUAAAUGAGACUUAAACACUUUGGGCUUAACAGUUACUUUUAAUUGUCUAAUUUUAGCACAAGAGGUUGUUUACUCUUUCUGUGCAUAUUCUCAGAUUGUAGAAAGUGAGAAAUUUACACCUGAUUCCAGUAAAACUCUUAAAGCAGGCGUCCUUAACAGGCAAUAUGUUGACUGGCAUCAGCGUGCAGCACCCACAUACUUGAAAAUAUACAAUCAUGGCCAAAAUUAUCGGCACCCCUGGAAUUUUCCCAGAAAUGUUUACAAAUUACAAAUGUUUUGGUAUA